AUGGCUCAAACCUACUAUGGAGCUUUUCUGAUACUACCAGCUUUUCUUACAGAAAGAACAUUACCUCUACCUUGUAUACUACCAUUCGGUUGGACAGAUAAAUUAUCCUACGCAUUUCUAUACGCCUUACAAUUCAUAUGUCUCCAAUUUGGAGUAGCUUUUGCAGUAGUAGGAAUAGAUAUAUUAACAUUAUCUUUAUGUCUGUGUACGUCGAAUCAAUAUAGGGUUCUUCGAAAAUGUUUUCUUAUAUACAACACCGACGAUAUGAUUCAAAUUAAUGACCGUUUGAGAACCACAUCAAAAGUUUCUAUGAAACAAUACGAUUUGGAAAAAGAAUAUUUGGUUAGAUUGAUAAAACAUCAUAAUGUAUUAUUAAGAUAUACAAGAUACAUGAACGAAGUUUUGAACCCGUUUGAACUUGGUCAUUUGGUAAUUAGUAUAAUGGGAAUUUGUCUUGGAGCUUUUGUUUUAUCAAUGAGCGACAUAUCAACUUUUGACCGUAUUUUGGCAACAAUAUAUCUGUUUGGAUUUAUUUUACAACUGGCUAUAGAUUGUAUAGUUGGAACGGAUUUGCAUUAUCAGGCCACUUUACUACCCGAUUACGUUUUCCAUAGCGAUUGGAAAUUGUUAAACGACAAUCAUCUCAAAAAAGACAUAUUAUUCGUGUUACAAACUAGUCAACGUUAUCCUCAGUUUACUGCUUACAAUUUAUACGAGCUAAAUAUGUCGACGUUCUUAAAGAUUCAAAAACUCGCAUUUUCCGUUUACACACUUUUAUCAAACAUGUCAAAACUAACUUCAAAGGAAACUUAA